AUGGUUCCAACAGACUAUACAUCGGCGGCUCUCUUUAUGACGGUUCUUGUUACUCUGACCGAGGGAUCUAAGGAUGCUGGACAAGCUGGUGUACAAGGGCUCAUCACAUCUAUGCAAAAUCAAAUCUCAUUUAUGGCCAAAUCUCAGGAGGAUCAGACACCAAAUGAACUAAAUAAGAUGGUGCCAACUCUUUUAAUGUCGACCUUUAAUCUGGCCUCAGUAAGAUCAUUAUCUUUCUUCCCUUUUACUUUUUUCUAA